CACAGCUGUCAUCAAUUUUGGUGUGUCAUUGUGUUUUGUGGAUAAAUGCUACAAUAAAAAUUUAAUUACAAUGUCUGAAAUGGACGUAUCGGAUAGCGGGAACGAUUGUUCUAAUAAUUUGCUGCUGUUGGAUCGAGUAUUCCUCCGUCUCGGCAAUGCGGACUCCGACGAUCAGCUGGAGAGUUGUCUUAACAGAUUUCUGCCUCCAGUUAUUUUGAAGCUAUCUUCACCUCAUGAACAGGUCCGCACUAAAGUAAUGGAGCUACUUGUGCACGUGAACAAGCGAGUGAAGUGCCGCGCCGACGUCCAGCUGCCGGUGCAGACCCUGCUGCAGCUGUAUCGAGACCCGACUGCCAACAGCUUCAUUAUUAAUUUCUCCAUCAUCUACAUAACAAUGGGUUUCCCACGUCUGCCCCGUGACCAGCAGUUGCUUCUGGCCCCUUCUUUGUUGGAUGCCAUAGAGAACAAGCCUCAAGGACAUCAAGAUGGCAUUUUGAUGCUAGUCAUGCCGCUGUUGGGAGAAAUAAAAGAAGCAGACUUGAAUUUUAAAGAGAAGCCAAAACUGUCAAACUUGAUUCUCAAGUUUGCCACUGAUGUCCUAUUGCUGCCUUACAGGGCAUUGCCAAAUCCAGGGGAGAGUGAUUUCCAGGUGCCACCAGGAAUGAGCAUGAAGACAUACAAAAGGAUUGUGGAUAAGAAUCAACUGAACCCUAACCAAUUGGAAGAGAUGAAGCUGUCGAUCGUGAACUUUAUAAGCAAGGACAUAUUCAACCACAGCGACGUGUUGGUGGCGCUCAUAGUCGCUGCUGCGGAUUCGCGAUUCAGCGUCGCUAAUCACGCCAACAGCCCGCUAAUAAGAGUUAACAGUUCCGUGGAUUGGUCGCAGCCAGCUGUAGUGGCGCCUCUCUAUUCGUUAUACUUGGGAACUUGGGGAGGUCUCAAAGUGCCCCCAGAUGACCGCAAGGUGCCAGCAUGCACUAGACUGCGCCUGAAACUUAUACAGUACCUGAAUAAGGCCACAGGGCCAGCCAUCAUGUUUCCACACUGCGUUCAGGUCGUAUUCUCGUCAUUAUUCGAUCCGAACACGAACUCGAGGCUUCGGAACUUGGCGUUGAUGUAUUUAUUGAACGUCAUUAACGGUGGUAAUGUGACACAGUUGAACAAAGUGGCAACAGUAUUCCUUCAAGGGCUGUUGAAGCUCAUCAGAUCAGAAGAACAUGUUGAGCAACAGCCUAAAGCUUACAUGUGUCUUGGUAGGCUCGCGAUGAAAUGUCCGGAGAGCAUAAACAAUCAAUUCGCUCUGCUAGAGGAGUUGGUAAAGAAGAUUCCAGAAGCCACCCCUGAGAUGAGAACAGCGCUCAGAGACGCUUUACUUGAGAUGGCCGUUGCGUAUAAGAUUGGAACUGAAGAGAAGUCAGCAGCAGUUGAACCUACCCCAGAGCAAGGUCCCAGCACUUCGCAAGGCGAAAAAAUGGACUUCGAAGAGAAAACCAGUCCAUUUGAUGAGCCACAAGCGUUGGCUUUGUUCGCGCUACUCGACCAUUAUAUGCACAGUGAAGAGUCUAUGGUGCGUUACAUAGCGACGAGGUAUUCUGCAGCUGUGUUCCCUCCAGAUUAUGUGCCGUCCCGAUACCUUCUACUUUUGGCCAGUGGAGAUAAACAAGACGAAAUCUCAACGGAAGCCCUAAAAUGUUUAUAUGGCACGUCACGCCCCAACGAAAUAGAAGAGGUUGUGAACAACGUGUCGAAAAAAGAGACAGCAGUCGUCAAUAUCGACGAAGAGGCCGGUAAGAAAGACAAGGACAAAACACAGGAGGUUGCAGAGUUCAAAGCGCCGAAGUUCAAGGAUGUGGUGAACUAUGUUUGGGACCAAAUGCAGAAGAGAAAGAAGGGUUCGAAUGCUAAGCAUCGGUUCGUGAUUGCUAACCAAGUACUGCAGUUUCACCCGCUGACUUAUCAAGAGAUCCUCAGGUACUUACGCAUGUGCCUCAACCGGGAUGCGAACCUGAACGACUGCUCGAACCACCCCAACGCCACCUCUCCGCUUCUGGCCAAGUAUUUCUACGAGAACCUACUGGAAACGGAGGUGUUGGAACGAUACUUGACAAUGAUCACUUCGAUGCUCAAUGCUAGUCCUGACGUGAUGCCGCUAACAUGUUUCCUUGACAUCGUCGGCUGCGUGCCCGAAAAAAUAGCAUCAAAAUACACCAGUCUCCUUCCCUUCCUCAAAAACCUAUUCACUACGAGCACGAAGGAAGACAUUAGAGAAACAUCAGCAGUCAUAUAUGCCAUCAUCACAGUGAACACAAGCGAGAAAGCUGCUAUAGAGAAAGAGAUAAAAGAGUUCGUUGAACAGGGCAAGAAUAAUAAGAAUCUUGAGACGCAGUGCGGGUAUCUGUGUGCGUUUGCGCAUAUGUGUGAGAGGUGUAUCGUUUUGGCGAAAAGGGGCAAGUUUGGGGGGAAAGGAUUCAACGCUGUCAAUUGGGAACCGUUUAAGGAGGGCGUGGUUGUAUUAGCUAACUUACUCAUCAGUCCACAAACACUGCUGGUCACCACGUCUUGUUCUGCGGUCUCCUUACUAGCCCGUUGCUCAGGGCUACCUCUCCCGAAUACGACACAAAAACAAUCCGCCUCUUUACUCACUGAAAACCCUUUCAACGUCAACAAAAGCGACACAAAUAUAGACUCUAACGACGAGGUGACAAAGUUCACAGUCGCUGAACGCCUGUUCAAGAUUGUGGGCAAUGCGAAACUACCCUCAAAAGUCAAGGAGAGGUCGCUGUAUACGUUAGGUUUAUUGUGCUGUGGAGAGAGGCUGGCGUUUGCUAAGCAGAUCGUGAUGGGAUUCUUGCAGAUGGCUAAAGAUAGUAAAGAAUUCGAAAUUCAUUUGCAAAUCGGUGAGUCGUUGGUGCUUUGCAUUGAAGGCGUCAACUCGAAUGAAAACAGGGACCUGUGGACAGAAUUACCAAAAGAGGGUAAAGCCAAAAUAAGAGACGCUGUAGCUCUAAAAGAAAACAACGAAUUACUGGAGUGGUUGCUGCAAGAACUGUUCAAGCUCGGCAGACACCCUCAUCCGCAUUCAAGACAGGCGACAAGCAUAUGGCUACUGGCAUUACUCAAGAACUGCCCUGAACGCGAACCGAUCAAGAACAAAUUGCAAAAUCUCCAAGAUGUGUUUAUGGAUUACCUUUCGGAAAAUAGCGAAAUCGUCCAAGACGUAGCAAGCAAAGGCCUCAGUCUGGUGUACCAGAACUCCGACGAAAGCCAGAAGCAAGCUCUGGUGGGGCAAAUAAUCGAACAGCUGACGAGCGGCAAGCGGUCCGUCGCGCAGGUCACUGAAGAUACCAAGAUAUUUGAAGAGGGACAGCUGGGGAAGGCUCCUACUGGAGGAAACCUGUCCACGUACAAGGAAUUAUGUUCUCUGGCAUCUGACUUAAAUCAGCCAGAUCUGCUGUACAAGUUCAUGCAUCUUGCUCACCACAAUUCUGUAUGGAAUUCCAAAAAGGGUGCAGCCUUCGGUUUCCACUCCAUAGCCCUACAAGCAGGGGCGCAGUUGUCAGAACAUCUGCCUAAAAUCGUGCCCAGGCUGUAUAGGUACAGAUUUGAUCCGACGCCUCGUAUUCAGAAUUCUAUGGCCAGUAUAUGGCACGCUAUUGUGCCUAACACGCAAGCUACCGUGCAUAAGUAUCAUAAAGAAAUUCUGGACGAUUUGGUUGCAAACUUGACGUCCAACCAAUGGCGUGUCAGAAUGUCUUGCUGCAACGCUCUCGCUGAUUUAUUACGAGGUGCCCAGAGUCUACAUGAUUCCUUGAGCCAGUUGCCCACGAUAUGGGCUCAGCUAUUCCGUGUCAUGGAUGAUGUUCAUGAAGGCACGAGGCAAGCUGCUACUACUACUGCAAACGUGCUAUCCAAGCUUUGCAUCCGAGCGUCAGAUACGAACCAAGGAAAAGAUGGCAAAGAGAUCGUGUCUGUUAUCCUGCCAGUAUUAUUGGAGAACGGUAUUACUAAUCUUGUUAAAGAAGUAAGAAGUGUUAGCUUACAAACAGUAUCAAAGUUAGUGUCCGCAGCUGGUGCGAGCCUCAAACCUUUCCUUCCAAAGUUGAUCCCAGCAUUGGUAGGCGCGGCUGGAGACCUAGAGUCUGCUAAGUUAUCGUAUUUGAGCACGGCACUGGCGACUGAUAGCGGAACGAGAGAACUGCUGGAUGAUAUGAGGGCUAAUGCUGCCAAACACCAUUAUACCACUGACACAGUUGUCAAGUGCAUGCCCUACAUCGACAUAGAAGUAAUGAAAGAGAUGUUGCCCAGCGUUCUCGAACUUACCAAAUCCCCACAACUGGGCACCAAAGUAGCGUGUUGCCAUUUCAUCGUGCUAUCGGGUCACUAUCUUCGGGCCGAGUUGGAGCCGGUGGCUGGGAAGAUCAUGUCCAACUUGCUGAACGGAACCUUUGAUAGGAACUCCACUGUGAGGAAAAACUAUUCGGAGGCUUUGGGGCAGGUCUCGGCAUACGCUAAGCCACAAUCAAUAGAGAAGCUGAUGAAGAAGCUAGUAAGCUUAUACGAGACGCGGGAGGAUGACAUGUCGCGGUCAGCCGUGGCGCUCGUGCUCAAGUCUGUGGCCAAAGCCAAGAUAGAGCACAUCAAAGACAACGAGAACGUCCUCGCGCCGAUGGUGUUCUUGGCUAUGCAUGGACCUAAAGAUGACGAGUCAUCAACAGUAGAGAUGUUCGAGGAGAUCUGGACUGACAUAAGUCCCGCGCGCGAGUCGGGCAUCCGGCAGCACCUGCCCGCCAUCCGCGCUGAAAUCGAGCAGGCCCUUAACUCCAGCAGCUGGACUAAGAAGAUACAGGCGGCGAACUCCAUAAAGACAGUAUGCAAAGAGCUGUCUACGGGAUUAGGAGAUCAGCGAGAACAGCUGAUCCGAGCGUUGUUAGCGGCGGUCCACGGCAAGACCUUUGACGGGAAGCAACACGUCAUCGAAGCUCUGGCUGAGCUCUGCGCAGUAAAAGAAGGCGAAACCCCAGUAUCUCCAACGCUUGCAAGCGAUGUGGUGAGCGCGCUUCUUGUGGAAAGCCGCAAGCAAGACAUGGGCUACAAGAAGCACGCCAUCACCGCGCUGGGGCAAGCGCUCGCCGCCACCAGCUGCGACCGGUUCAACCAGGUCUACGAGAUCGUGAAGGUCAUACUGUCUAAGCAAGACAUGGGCUACAAGAAGCACGCCAUCACCGCGCUGGGGCAAGCGCUCGCUGCCACCAGCUGCGACCGGUUCAACCAGGUCUACGAGAUCGUGAAGGUCAUACUGUCUAAGAGCCGCAAGCAAGACACCAGCUGCGACCGGUUCAACCAGGUCUACGAGAUCGUGAAGGUCAUACUGUCGAAGAGCCGCAAGCAAGACAUGGGCUACAAGAGGCACGCCAUCACCGCGCUGGGACAAGCGCUCGCCGCCACCAGCUGCGACCGGUUCAACCAGGUCUACGAGAUCGUGAAGGUCAUACUGUCUAAGAGCCGCGAACAAGACGUGGGCUACAAGAAGCACGCCAUCACCGCCACCAGAUGCGACCGGUUCAACCAGGUCUACGAGAUCGUGAAGGUCAUACUGUUGGUUCUUGUGGAGAGCCGCAAGCAAGACAUGGGCUACAAGAGGCACGCCAUCGCCGCGCUGGGGCAAGCGCUCGCCGCCACCAGCUGCGACCGGUUCAACCAGGUCUACGAGAUCGUGAAGGUCAUACUGUCUAAGGAUGAGUCAUCAGUGGGUAAAGAAUCGGAUGAAGAAGACAACGAGGGCGCGCGUCAGAGGCGGGAACAGCUGACGGCGCUGAAGGAGGCCGCCUACGAGCUACUGGGCAAGGCGUGGCCCAAGGACCCGGACACGCAAGAAAAAUACCAAGACGUCUUCUUCGAGCACUGCGCCAAGUCUUACUCCACCAGUUCGCGAUCGACGCAACUGGCUAUUCUCGCAUCCAUCGCUCGUGUAUUAGAGCGCCUGGCGGUAUUAGGCAGCGCGGGCGAGCCCAUGGAUACCGACAACGCGGCCGCCACCGCGCGCGACGCCGCCGUCGCCCAUGCUACGCAGCAAGUCUCCGCUGUCAUCGACUACACGCUCAAAAACAGCAACCAAGUGAGGCACAGGCGAGACGCGUUAAAUAUAAUGGAAAUUCUCAUCAAAAAGUUAAAAGAAAUGAACAAAGCAGAUGAACUAAAUAAACUGAGAAACAUUUACCAAACCUAUGCUCAAGACUUAUCAAAGGAUUCGUCACACGAAAUCAGAACCAAAGUAGAUAACAUUAAGGUUCACUUUAAAUAAAUAGCACAAUGAAAUGUUAAGUUAUUGACAGUGUUGUGGAAUAAAAUGAUCUUAAAUAAAAAAAAUAUUUCCUAUUUAUUUUGAAAUAUCGUGUGAAAUGAGCUGUAAUAAUUAAUCAAUCUUUUCUUUUCAAGUCUAUUUAAACGUUUUUGAAGAACCGUAAGUUUUUUAUUUAAAAAAAACAGUUGUUUAAUUUAUUGACUAUCUGAUAUAAAGAUUAUAUUAUCACAAUUAAGGAAGGGUAAUAAAAUAAAAUAAACGUACAUAUGUAACUAUCACAUUUGUGUUUAAUGCGGUUGCAUCAAAUAAAUCUAUGGAAUGAAAACAAUAUUGCAACAAGUAUACAUCGAUCGAGAUUAGAAAUGAAAAGCGACUGCGAUAUAAAAGAAAGGAUUCAGAGAAAUACUCAUGGUUAAUUUAUUUAUCGUUACUGUAUAUUAUUUAAUUGUAUAAGAGUUUAGUAAUAAAAUAAAAUUACAUCUUAUUUACAAGUAAUCUCGCUCGACACUGACAAAGCUAAAUGAUUAUAAAUACAUAAUUCUAACAUAAAUUCUUCACGACAGUAUCAACUAAUUAACUAAAUAAAUUAUAAUUUGCUAACUCUGUACAAUGAUUCCUAUGCUAGUUACCUUCAGUUUUCUUGACACCGAUAAAGUUAAGCGAUUGUGAUUAGUCAGAGUUGUAACGCAAACUUGCACGUUAAAAAGAUGAUCAAAAUGUCCUUGACUCUUCAGGGUAAGGUUUUCAGCUGCCACUCCCAUUCAUGGCGUGAUAUAUCUUUUAAUAACAGUUUUCUGUCUGCCUUUUCUCAUAAAAUGCCCAUAAUAACUAUCAUAUUACGCAUUUAAACAUUCAUCAACCAAUCACAUUAAAUGAAUUUAUUUUGAAAUAAAGCCAAUUUCUUCAGUGUAGAAACCAAAGGCACGAAUUAGUGCUACUUAAAUAUAAUACAUUUAAAGUCACAUCUAUGCAUAAAAAUUGCAACUAGUUUUUACUCGUAGAAUACUUAAAACGACAAUAAAUUAGCAUAUUCAUCGGGACGAAUUGCGUUAGUUUAGACCAAGUUGGUGUUAAUCGAGUUAUAAAAUAGGAUAGAAACCCAUUACACAAAAUAUAUAACUUAUUUACAUACUGUGUAUUAUAUUAAGGCUAUAAGUUAAAUACUAAAUUUAACAACAUGAAAAGCAAAACUUUGUACAUAAUACACAUCACAUACUCGUAGAGCGAUUCAAGAAAAAAUCGCUUAUCUGUGUGCAGUAAACCAAAACCAGCUAAAUUAAGACGUAAUUUCAUAUGAAUUUCCAGUAAAAUCUAAGAGCGGUUUCGCAAUAUGUCCGAUCCGAAUGCUUCAAAAUAUGGAUCAAGGAAACGCUUGAGAAAUCCAUUGAGUAAAUAACUAUAAAUAGUUAUACUUCAGACGUAGUGCCAAACCGCUCUGCAUGGCGGUUUUAACGUAUGAAAUUUACUUUUUCUUUCUGCAAUGGGCUUAUUGUUUUCUAAUUGA